AUGUAUGAUUUGAAAAAUCGAAAAACAUUUGUUAGGAGAGUAAAAGUUAACGGGAUUACUUUAGAUAAUUUUUAUAUUGGCUGUACACUGUAUAUUUUAGGGCGAUUAGUUAAAAUAGUUGAUUUUGCUUGUGAGAAUACUAGAAAAUUAUUACAUAAAGAUGUGCAAGUUACUUUUGUCAUGAUUAAGCCUUUACCCACAAGCAUUGUGGGCAAGAUUGUAAAUCACUUCUUUGAAAAUGAUUUACGUGUAACAAAGAUUAAAAAGGCUCGAUUAACUGCAGAAGAUAUUAAUACGCUAUAUAGAUCCUUUAUAGCAGAUCCUAAAUUUCCUUUCUUAUUAGAACAUCUUAAUGGUCAGCUUGUGUUUGGUAUGGAGUUAGUUGGAAAAGAUGCAGUGUCAAACUGUCUUAAAAUUAUUGGAGAUCCAGACCCAGUCAAAGCUGAACCAGGUACAAUAAGGGCUUUGUAUGGAACUGACUUGGUCAGAAAUUGUGUUCACACAUCCUCCAAUCCUGAAGCUGCAUUGCAGGUUAUUUUGGAGAUAAUAGGAAAGCAAGAGGGGGACAGGUAUAAUUGGAACAACGUGGGGGAUAUUGGUUUGAUUAAGGGAAUACCUCGGUACUAUGUACCAAAACCAGGUGCUAAACGCUACAAAAAAUACGAUGAUCAAGUAAUAAAACAAGCCCUAGACGAGAUAGCUUUGACCAAUAAUAGCCUAAGUGCUGUAGCUGAAAAAUAUAAUAUAGCAAAAUCGGUACUAUGCCGUCAUAAAAACCGAGAAAUGAAACUUCACGGUAGGCCAACAGCACUAACCAAAGAUGAAGCGGUGAUUGGGGUUACCCAUUAG